ACGAAUAAGAUGUGACUGAUAUGAGGUGACGGGAACAUAUGAUAAGUAAAUAAUUACUUCUUGAGAAAGAUUGUAUCACGCUCAGUGGACAAUACAAUUGAUAAUGGAACUCCAGGAUGCAUUCUACAACAAUGCUCAAUACAUUGAAACGGCAUCUGGUAACAAAGUCUGCCGAAAAUCAGUUUUGUGUGGCAGCCAAAACAUUGUUCUAAAUGGCAAGACGAUUAUUAUGUCUGAUUGCAUCAUUAGAGGAGACUUGGCUAAUGUCAGAAUUGGACGCCAUUGUGUCAUCAGCAGCAGGGCUGUCAUUAGACCACCAUUUAAAAAAUUCAGCAAAGGAGUUGCCUUUUUCCCGCUUCAUAUUGGUGACCAUGUCUUCAUAGAUGAGGAUUCUAUCAUAAAUGCUGCUCAUAUCGGGUGCUAUGUUCACAUUGGCAAAAACUGUGUGAUUGGCCGACGAUGUGUGCUAAAGGAUUGCUGUGCUAUAGCUGACAACACAGUUCUUCCCCCGGAAACUGUUGUGCCGCCAUUUACAGUCUUCUCAGGAUCACCAGGUCGCCUGACCGAUGACUUGCCAGAAUGUACACAAGAUCUGAUGAUAGAUGUGACUCGAAGUUACUACCAGCACUUCCGCCCCAAAUGAUAGUCCUCCUCUUCUUUUAGAUAUUUAUUAUGCAUGAAUUUCAGUUUGUCACUGACUGAGGAUAUGAGUGAUCAGCCUACCUUCCACUUCUGCCUCGGAAAUGCAGCAAGAGUGAUAUUGUUAAAGUGCUGAAUCUUCUAGUAAACAUUUUAGUCAGUCCAGUAAGAUUUGUCUCCCCUGCAUUCUAUUAUACCGACCAGCUGGCUUGGUAUCGUGAUCUUGUACAGUACCGAUUUAGCAAAUAAUUUUUUUUUCUUCACAAUUACAUUUAGUUGUACAUGUAUACACCAUUAUUUCUUAUGUUGUAGAGGGUGAAAUCGUUAGACAUGCAUAAACCUUUGCUUUUAAAAUCCUUACUGCUUGCACAUCCACUUUGUCCUAAUUGUUUGACGGUUUACGCCAACAUUUUACAUUUAAUUCUGUCGUGAAUACCAUGAUUGCAACACCACAAAAAAUUAUAAACAGGCAAAAAGUACAUGUACUCGCCAUUCGCUUCAGUACCUGGUAAGAUAAGCAUUUUUACGGUAAUGGUAUAUAUAGUAUUACUUGUACUAGCCAACAACAAACUCUGUGGAACUCCCCAACUUGCACUAGGUACAAAGAUGCACUCUCAUUAUUGUUAUUAAAGAUAGGAUUUCUUUGUUAACAGGGCCUAAUCCAGCCCUUCUCAGAGUCCGAUUAUUGGACACAGCUGUGCCCUCGAAGUGCCCUUUGCGUCAAAAAUAAAAAAAUAAAAAUUAAAAAAAAAAACA